AUGGCGCAAGAAUUGGACCCCAUACAGACCGGCGCGAGCACCGCCGGACUGACCGGCACCUUGAACGGUGCCGAGCAGGACGUGCUCAAGUUUGGCGGGCAGCAAUUGACGAUCGGGAAGGACUCUCUGGUCAUUGUUGACAAUGCAGCACAGAAGAAGAAGAACAGAACGUGUGGUUUUGGCUCAGCCUCCGACCCCGGAUCCCGGUCCAUCCCCCUCUACAACAUCCUCUGGGCCUCCCUCUCCGACGACAGCCGCACUCUGACCAUCGACUUCGCCGAGCCCGCCUCCAAGACCCGCCUGCGCCCGGCGACCCUCACCUACACCCUGCCGGAAGCGCCGGAGCCGGAGCCGGAACAGCAGCUGUCCACCGCCGAGACGCGCGCCGCGUGGGUAGAAGCCCUCCUCGACAGGUCGUACGGCCCCGCCGCCCGCCGCAAGCGCGCCUACGUCCUCGUCAACCCGCACGCCGGCCCCGGGGGCGCCGACAAGAAGUACGAGCAGCAGGCGCGCCCCAUCUUCGAGGCCGCGCGCAUGCACCUCGACACCGUGACCACGACGCACUCGGGCGCCGCCGUCGAGCUCUGCCGCGACAUGGACGUCGACGCCUACGACGUCGUCGUCGCCUGCUCCGGCGACGGCCUGCCGCACGAGUGCUUCAACGGCCUCGGCCAGCGGGCCGACGCCCGCCGCGCGCUGGCCAAGAUCGCCGUGUGCCACGUGCCCUGCGGCUCCGGCAACGCCAUGGCCUGCAACCUGUACGGCACGCACAAGCCCUCCCUCGCGGCGCUGGCCAUCGUCAAGGGCGCCCCGACCCCCAUGGACCUCGUCAGCAUCACGCAGGCCGGCCGGCCGCGGCUGCUGAGCUUCCUCUCGCAGGCGCUGGGCAUCGUGGCCGAGGCCGACCUCGCCACCGAGCACCUGCGCUGGAUGGGCGGCGCCCGCUUCACCUGGGGCUUCCUCGAGCGCUUCCUGGCCAAGAAGGUCUACCCCUGCGACCUGGCCGUCAAGGUCGAGAUCGAGCACAAGGACGGCGUGCGGCAGCACUACUCGGCCCGCCAGCGCGGCGACAGCUCGACCUCGGCCCUGGGCGCCGCGGGCAAGUCCUCGUCCGUGCUGGCGGGGGACACGACCUCCGAGGACGCGACGUCCUCCGCCGCCGCGGCGCCGGGGGCCAGCGAGGAGGGCCUGCCGCCGCUGCGGUACGGGACCGUCGAGGACAAGCUGCCUGAGGGGUGGGAGAUGGUUCCCCACGAUAAGAUGGGCAACUUUUACUGCGGAAACAUGGCCUACAUGGCCCCGGACGCCAACUUCUUCUCGGCGGCCUGCAUCAACGACGGGCUCAUGGACCUCGUCACCAUCGACGGCGACCUGCCGCCCCUCAAGUCGCUGCAGCUGCUGCUCUCGGUCGAGGACGGCCGCUUCUUCGACAACCCGCUCGUGCAGUACCGCAAGAUCACGGGCUUCCGCAUCGUGCCGCGCGACCAGGCCGACGGCUACAUCAGCAUCGACGGCGAGCGCGUGCCCUUUGCGCCCUUCCAGGCCGAGGUCCACCAGGGGCUCGGCACCGUGCUGUCCAAGCGCGGCGAGUACGAGGCGCCCGGCCCCCGGAACUGGGACAGGGUCUCGGCGACGGACCGGUUCAUGGCUUGA